AAGUGCCAGCGUGGGGGGGGGGGGGGGAGAAUUUUAGUUUGGAGGAAAACAGCUGACUUGACUCGGAGUGAAACUUUGGCUUCGCCUUCGGCAUCGCUCGACCUGUUGGCGACAGAAACGCCGUGUCUCGUAUACGACAACUUAACCCGACGUAACGACCGAGUCGUAACACGAGAUCUCGCCUUUGCAUUCGAAACACACGGGAAAUGUUGUAAUUUAACAGGGGCUGGUCAGGAUUUCGCGUCGUACCUUUCGCAUUUGUGCGCGUACAUUUGUGCAACGUGUCGACAAGAGGGGGAGAGAGUUGAAUCGAAGAGGGUCAACCUGAGUCUCGGAGAGCGAAGUGCGUUUAUUCGUUAGCCAACUUUCGACAAUCGUACGAUGAACAUGACGCCUCCCGUCAAACCACCGCGAGGGAUCAAACCGACGAAGGAAACGAGUGGUUUGCUGAUCUCGGUGAUCCGCGCCUUGUCGGCGAGUGAGACGAACGAGCAGCGGGAGAUCGAGAAAGCCAAGUUGGAGAAGGAGUACAAGCGCAGCGACCAGCGGCUGGAGGAGCUGGUUUCGUCGCACGAUCAGGACCUCGUGGAAGUUAUGCGGAUAUUCAGCGCGCUGUCUGAGAAAGUUACGUUGUCGCGAGAGAAGAUCCAUGCGGUGAAGGAGAACCUGAAUGCCUGCAAACAGUUGCUGAGAUGUAAACGAGAGGAGUUGCUAAACUUGUGGCUGGAAGGGAUAGAACACAAACAAGUCUUACAUCUUCUAAAAGAUGUGUCGUCAGAUUCGUGUGGACGUAUGAUAUCCUUGGCAGAGCCUGAAUUACCAUUGUCCAAUACGUUGCACGACACUUCGACGGAUCAGUAGUCGCAAAUCUCAUUGUUCUGUAUAUAAAAAUGCCUAUAUUAUAAGAUAACGCCAUUACAAGAUUAUGCAUUUGUAGCUUUAGUUUGUGAUAUUAAAUAAAUUAGUAUUGUAAACUCUUUAA